GCCCGCGCGACGUAGCGCUACCCCAGCCCCGCCCCCGAGACUCAGGGUUCUGGAGGUCGCCUGGACCUCCCUGGCCCCCUGUCGGCCGCAGUUCCUUUGAAUCACGGCGGGAGAAGGCCGGGAGAUGGCGAGUCUGGGCUGCCUGCUGUGCGUGGUGAGCCUGCUGCUCUGUGGGGCGACGAGCCUCGGGCUGCGCGGACCCCGCAGACCCACCACCGAGAAACCCAUCAUUGAGAGGACUUGUCUAGUGUUGCAUGAAUUUCCUGGAGAGAUGUAAAAUAAACAUCUGCCUCUGAAUCGAGAGGGACUGACAGACCAAAGAACUACUUGGACAAGUCCAGCUUGGAGUAUUAAUGCAAAAAACCACAAACAUGAAAAUAAAACAUCUUGGGAAAUAUUAUAUUGCUGCAUCAUAUGUGAAGUAUCUAGAGUCUGCAGGUGCGAGAGUUGUACCAGUAAGGCUUAAUCUUACACAUUCAGAGUAUGAAGAACUUUUCAAGUCUAUCAAUGGAAUCCUUUUUCCCGGAGGAGGCGCUGAUCUUGAGAAGUCAGGCUAUGCUAAUGUCUCCAAAAUAUUUUACAACUUGUCCAGACAGAGUUUUGAUGAUGGAGACUAUUUUCCUGUGUGGGGUACAUGCCUUGGAUUUGAAGAGAUUGUCUAUCUGAUCAGUGAGGAAAGGUUAUUAACUGUGACAAAUACUGAGAAUACAACAUUGCCAUUGAGCUUCACUAAAGGUGCAUCAAAGAGCAGAAUGUUCCACAAUUUUCCUCCUGACUUGUUGCAAUCAUUAGCAGUAGAACCUCUGACUGCAAAUUUCCACAAGUGGAGCCUCUCCAUUAAGAAUUUUACGAUGAAUAAAAACUUAAAGAAGUUUUUCAAUGUAUUAACUACAAAUACAGAUGGCAAGAUUGAGUUCAUUUCAUCAAUGGAAGGAUAUAAGUAUCCAGUAUAUGCUGUCCAGUGGCAUCCAGAGAAAGCACCUUAUGAAUGGCCAAAUUUAAAAGGAAUUUCCCAUGCACCUAAUGCUGUGAAGACUGCAUUUUAUUUAGCAGAUUUUUUUGUUUCUGAAGCUCGGAAAAACAAUCAUCACUUUGAAUCUCAGUCUGAAGAGGAGAAGUCCUUGAUUUAUCAGCACUCUCCAAUUUAUACUGGAAAUGUUUCUUUAUUUGAGCAAUGCUACAUGUUUAAUUGAAAAUUUUCAAUGUAUUAAUGACCAGUUGUGGAUGAUUCCUUGAUUAAAUUGUUGAAAUUACUUACUAAUCAUGGUACAAUUAGAAAACCACAGAGAUUUCCUUUCUAUGCACAUGACUCUGAUUGUUCAUUCAGUAUAGGAUUAUUUAUAGUGCAUUUGAUAAUUUAACAAUGAAAUAAAAUCAGAGUGUUUUUCAUGGAAAAGUCAUCCAAGAUCUGAAGAUUAGAAAAAAUGAUUGAAAAUGGAAUUUUUUUCUAAUUUAUUGAUUCUAGAAAUGAACAUCACCUCCUUCCUACUCAUUCCUUUUUUGCUGAAGACUUUUCAAAUUCUGCCUCUUGUUCCCUGUGAUGCCUUCCUCCUUUGGGUUUCAGGGGUAUUUUGUGUGUGUGUGUGUGUGUUUGUGUGUGUGUGUAUGUGUGUAGAGAUACACAAAAAUAUCUCCUUCACUGUAUUUCAGUUCCACAGUUAACGAGCACAAUCCUGAAAGUGGAGUCUGUCUUGAAGAUUUUAUCUUCCAAAAUGCCUAGCCCAGUAGGCCUUUGAUAAAUACUUGUGACUACUUGUAAAUGAACCUUUCCUCCAUAGAAAGUAAUUAAAAAGCAGUCAGACAUUAAAUAUUAUGGUAAAUUUAA